UAUUAUGGUCCAGUUGCUGCGUGCGCUCAGUGCGGGAUGAGAGCACGGAGAGAAAUGGAUCCUAAAUCUUUUUAUUUACACGCAUUUCUUCCCAUCACCUUUAUAGACAUUUUAUCAUGACAACACGCUAUAUUUUCACGCACACUCGGGCUGUGUAGGUGCGCUAUUUCAACAGUGUUUGUUCAGUGGCUAUAAGAUUUACGAUUGGUGUCGGUAAAUGGGAUUUUCUCGAUGUUUGGAAAGACAGAUUAUGGACAAGGACAAAUGAAAUCGGACAUAAUCUAAAAACCAGGCGUAAUUGCUUAAUGGCAGUAUUUCACGUUGUACAGUACUGAGAGAUAAACUAGUGUAAAAAUACACUUAAAGUCCUUGAAGCUUGUCAAAAACUUGUCGGUCUUCUCCACUAUGGCUUUGCCGGACAAUACUAGUGGUGUUCCUGUCGAGGAAAUGUCUUUUCCGGAAAUUAUUGAGCUAAAUGUUGGUGGCCAGGUGUAUAUAACUCGCUACUCUACAUUAACAAGUGUUCCAGACUCCCUCCUGUGGAAGAUGUUCAGUCAAAAGAGCACGAAGAGUUUGGCCCGCGACACCAAGGGUCGCUUUUUCGUCGACAGAGACGGCUUCCUGUUCCGUUACAUUCUGGACUACAUGCGAGAUCAGCAGCUCGUCCUUCCCGACCAUUUCCCAGAGCGAGGACGACUGCAGAGAGAGGCGGAGUUCUUUAACCUCCCUGAACUUGUCAAAAUCUUGGCCCCAAAGAUCAGUAAACAGAACUCUCUGGGUGACGAAGGUUGCCAGAGUGACCCGGAAGAGUCGUCACCAUGUGUUGAAAUCGCCCGCAAUCUGGCCUCGCUGGGGGCAUCUGCGGCCGCCUGCUCCAGCAUGGCCUCAGUAGGAGGCGAUGGCAAGCGCUCCGGAUUCAUCACAAUUGGCUACAGGGGCUCUUACACGCUUGGUCGCGAUAGUCAAGCGGACGCCAAGUUCCGGCGAGUGGCGCGGAUUAUGGUGUGUGGGAAAACCUCCCUCGCUAAAGAGGUUUUUGGGGAAACGCUGAACGAGAGCCGUGACCCCGAUCGACCACCAGAGCGCUACACAUCCCGCUACUACCUAAAGUUUACUUUCUUGGAGCAGGCUUUCGACAGGUUAGCCGAUGCAGGCUUUCAUAUGGUGGCCUGCAACUCCACUGGGACGUGCGCCUUUGCCCACGAGCAGACUGACGACAAAAUCUGGACCAGCUACACCGAAUAUGUAUUCUACCGUGAGUGACCUCAAACCUGUGCUCCAGUGUCUCCUCCCUGCCUCCAUCAGACCAGACACCAUCACCUUCAGUACUAGAUCACAAUCCCCAACCUCCAUCCAGACUUUUCCUCAACUGAGCCCUUAAUGCUUCCUACCUGCCGUGCUUUCUUUCCAUCAAACAAAUCUCACUUUCCUCUUACCAAAUAUUUGCCUUUCCUCUGAUAGACAUGUAUCAUACUGCCUUUUCAGCUUUUGGGAAGCACAGAAUUUUACCGUUGACCUUCAUAUACGUUGAAAAGUUGGAAAAAUCAUAGCACAUAAGCCAUUUAAAAGGGCUUGGAAUAGUAAAUACUUUCAUUUUUCUGUCUACCAAAUAGCAGGAGAUAUUUUGAGGCUUUUAAGCUGUUGGUCAUCCCUGAUGACAAAUAGAUAUGUAAUAGCUUUUUAUUUUGGAUUAUUAUUUGGUUGUGUAAUCUAUUAAUGGGGCCAAAGAAGUGGUUAAGCACUGGGUAUUAAAAUGGAUCGAAACCAUAACAUCCUAGUGGGCUUGUGAAACGUAAUGAUCAAGUAAUAGAGUAACUUAAAUGAUCAAUUAAACUUAAUUAUCAAGUUACAUAUAUUACAAUAACUGGUUUAGUUUUCUCAUUAGUUUUGGCAUAAUGUUUAUUGCGUUGUUGAAAGGAUUGCAAAGAUUUUAAACAAUUAGCAGUUAAUUGCACAUAAUUAAACAAUAUUAAAAUAGCAGAAAUUGCAAAGCUAGUGAUAGAUUGGUGAAUUGGUGUGUAUUGACUGUGGGUUCUUUUUUUGCCGGUGUUUAUUUUUUGUUUCCAGUUACAAUAUUGUAGUUUAUUAAAAUUGUCUUUAAGGAUUUACAGUAAGUGUAUCAUUCAUAUGCAUGUUAUUUAAGUGACAUUUUCUGUGAAUGAUGCACAUACUUUUUUAUGUAUGUCAUUUACUAAAUGUUAUUCUUCAUACUAUACGAGGCCAUUGUUUGUGUGGCUUUUUGACAGUGGUACUUUACAAAUUUGAGAGCUUUAAAUCAAAUAUUUUCACAUUCAUUAUGACCUCAGGCUACAGUUGCCAUACACUGUAACACCGGCACAAAAUUAAGAUGUCCUGCAGUAGACUUUGGUGUAAAAUAUUAACCACUAAUUCAUUCGUUGUUUCAUUUGUACGAUGGCACAUGUGCAGGCAUCUGUAAAUCAUUUAAUUCCUCUGAGAUCUCAAUUUACCGAUUGUCUUUCGAAGGUCAUGCGUAAGCUUUGUUUAUAGUGAAAUGCUUACCUCAAAGUGUCUUUAUGGAAGCAUGAAUAAAAAACAUUGGUUGGUACUUUGUCCUAAAUCUCAUAAAAAUUACUGUUUUAGAUUAUGAUUUACCCAAUACUGUAUAAAAACUAGGUAUCUAUCCACUGUUAUAUUGGCCUAUAAUUAGUUUUGUCAGAUAAACACGUAAUUUCCCCACUAUCAGACAUUGGCAGAUUGUUUAAAAAUAGCCGGUGGCGGAUCAAGGGCAGAUUGAAGACCACACUUCUAGGAUUUCACGACAUUAUCUGAAACAAGGAGUAAAAACAAAACUAUCAAUAUUGGCAGACGUCAUUCUAAUUAAUUAAAUAUCAGUAUAGGCACACAAAUUUUGUAUUUUUGUCAGACCACAAUUUAAUACUUCACAUACUGUGAAAAUCAGCAUGGUAGCUGCCUUUCCACUGUACGUGAUAAAUGACGGCCAAUAAACCAGAAGGACAGUUGGAAAGGAGCUGUGUGGGACGCCAAUCAUCUGCGGUGCGUAACUUUCGGAUCAAAUUUGAGCUUUGGAUGCAUUAAAAAAAAUUAACUUAAAGACUUCGCGACACGCCAACUAGAAAGUGAUGUAUGUAAUUUCAGUAUGUUCCAAUCAAAACACUGU